AUGCGGUCUAUUACCUUGUCAUUGUUGUUCUGCUGGAGCUUCCUCUCUGCCGUUCAUGCGCAGGGCAAGAUGCCAGGCGCUCCAGUUCAUCCAGGCCAGCCAUCCAACUGUAUUGCCUGGCAUACUGUCACGCAAGGUGACGACUGCGAAACCGUCCCCAAGAAGUACUACAUCACCAAAGAAGAGUUCCUAGCUUGGAACCCAGCAGUCUCGAAAGAUUGCUUGACCAACUUCUGGCUUAAGUACGCCUACUGUGUCAGAAUCGAUGGCACUUCGGCUAUUUACACAUCUGCUGAAUCGACAGGCAAGAGCAAGACUGCUGCAACAACGAAGUCGAGCGACCCAACCUCUUCCACUUCCAGGCCUACAUCGACAAACUAUGUCUCAUCAACCACAAGCACCUCAAGCAAGCCAGCAUCGGGAGUCACCUCUGAAUCCGUCAUCACCACUUCAGUUAAUACGACAUACUCCGUUCGCAAUCCCGUUUCAACUUGGAACAUUACAACUCCCACCACGGAUGUCACUUGGCCUCCUAAAGCCACCCAGUCUGGACAGCCCAAGGACUGCAACAAGUGGCAUCUUGUCCGAGGACGGCAGGGCUGUCAAGAUGUUCUCAAUAUCCAUAGUUACUUCAUGAAAAAGGAAGAGUUCUUCAAAUGGAAUCCUGAAAUCCAUGAAGACUGCUCGGGUCUCUUUGUUGGCUACUGGUAUUGUGUCGGAGUCAAGUCCAAUGCUACAGGCAACCUCGAAUGGGAAACAUCAACACCACCAUUUACUCCUCCUUCUGAGCCAACCUCUUAUACGGCCACUAAGCUCACGCCCGCCAAUUCUGACUUUAUGCCAACUCCAUCUCAUGGUACUAUGCCAACAGACUGCAUCCAUUAUCACCAAGCAGAGGCCAAUGAGAGCUGCCGGGACAUUCUGAAGACGUACAGCUACUUAUCCAACGAUCAAUUCUUCAAAUACAAUCCAGUGUUGAAGAACAACUGUGACGGUCUUUGGAAAGAUAACUGGUACUGUGUUGGUGUCAAGAGUGAGCUGCUCAUGCCCCCAACGGUUACUACAACCCCCAAUGAUAUUCCCAGUGGCAGUCCUAAGGACUGUAAAGCGUGGUACUACACUACCGGUGGGGAAACAUGUGAUCAGUUGGCCAAUAUGUUCGGGACAUUUAGUGCCGACGAGUUUAUCUCGAUGAACCCAGUAGUCUUUGACGACUGUAGCGACAUUGAAGAUAAUACCUGGUACUGCGUCGCUAACCCUGAUACCCCGACGACCAGAACCGCAGAUUUGACAACCCCUACGCGACCGGCAACGGCUAUGCCAACUCAGUCAAAUAUCGCAUCUGACUGCAAGGAAUACUGGCUUGUUUCCCAGAAAGAUACUUGCAAGUCCAUUCGAAGAGCUAACGGUAUCUCACUUGAGAAGCUCCUUGCUUGGAAUCCAGCUUUGGGCAACGCCAAACGUCACAGUCGUCAACACAUCUCCCGAGACCCCGAAAUGCCACGACUUCCUGAGCCACGAGCAUACGCUUUGACUCCAUCCCCCUCGCGAGAGCAGAUUACAACAUUAGCAGAAACGGUUCCAUUCUUCAAAUUGCCUCUCGAACUCAGACGAAAGAUUUUGAUCCAUGCAUUUGGCAAUCGUGCAGUUCACAUGGACCUCGUUUUAACCCAUCCGUUGCGUGAGCCGAUUAACGAUGAACGAUCUGCUUACAGAUCCACGAAGCCUGCCGACAGGUUCCAUCACGACGCCAUGCACCUUUAUCCAUAUACAAAAGACAAUUUAGGUCUGGACAGAAGCCGGCCUAAGUACUGGCAGUGGAGAGGGUGUGUAUGUCAUCGCCUGCCACCCCCUCGGUUCAAGAUUACUGUGGAUUUUCAUACUAUCGUCAAACCUGCUGAUGAUAGAUGCUGCGAGGGCUGGGCAGCGUAUUGCGCCUUGUGGACUAAAAGGACGGAUAAACCUGAUUCCUGCUGGAUUGGGGUGAUGGGAUGGCUCUUGACCUGUCACCAAGCAUACACCGAAGGAACUGAGGUCCUUUAUGGCACAAACACCAUUCAUAUAGCAAGCAAGCCUCUUCUUACCAACUUGAGCAGACUAGUCCCUGGGCGAAGUUUAUCGCUGAUAUCCUCACUUGAGGUUGUAUUUCGGCUGGACACUGAGGAACAACAAGGAAAAGCAUUUCCAAACCUGCAACAAUUAGAGCGGGAUCUGCUCAUCCUAGAUACACACUUUCCCAGUCUCUUGCGCCUCCAUAUCGGUUUACGACUCGACCUUCCUAUUAUAGAAGACAACAGGACGAGUAUCAAGAGGAGACCUACACAUGUCUUUGAUAUGCUUCAAUCUAUAGACACGUUCGUCGAACGGCGGUGUGAACAGCCCCAGUUUGGUCAGCUUCGGGACCCUCUUCUGUUUUCCAUCCCGCAAUCUGCAUACGAAGACUUCCAGAACGAGGUCCGUCACAACAAUCAAUAUUAUGUUAGAAAGAGUGGUGUUCAAGUCUGGCGACCCUUGUCACCUGAAUCAUUGGUGUUGGACGACAAAGGUGAGAUAGCCAAUGCAAUAGCAAGUAAUGGCUACUGGAUUUGGGGAGACUAUGAAGAUAGUGCGCUCUCAGCCUGUCUCUCAUCUGCAUCCAACAUAAGCACAAAUAAUAUAUCUUGCGUACCCGAGACCAUGAAGCGACGAUUUAUGACGUGGUGCAUCGCGAAACGGGAGAAACACAAUGGCGUUCCUGAGCCUCCAACCCUCCCAACUCCACGACCGCAUAUUUUGACGCCGUCGCCUUCAAGUGAAGCCUUGCCCCAGUCGCAACAGACCGCGCCCUUUUUCCAGAUGCUCCCAUAUGAGAUCCGAAGGCAGGUCUUGAUUGAGGCAUUUGGUGAUCGAACAAUUCACAUGGACCUUACAUACAACCAUCCACCAAUGCAGGGUAACAAAAGGGCUCACGCCAUGAUUCAGGAAUGGAGGUUAGGCCUGGAUAAGAGCAGACCUAAGUCUUGGUACUGGAGAGGCUGCACAUGUCAUCACAAGCCUCCGCCUUGGCACCCGGCUAUCGCGACAGAGUCUUAUAGUGCGAGAGCCGUUGACAAGGACAGAUGCUGCAUAGGUCUUGCGCAGUGCUGUGACAUGUGGAGUAAGAACAGUAAAGAUCUCUAUGGGUGUUGGAUCGGCGUUAUGGGAUGGCUUCAAACGUGCAGACAGGCCUAUACUGAGGGCAUUAAUGUCCUGUACACAACAAACACUAUACAUAUCUCAAGCGCAACCCUUCUUGUCGACCUAACAGCAUAUAUCCUCCCGCAAAGAAUGUCAUCCAUAAGGUCCCUGGAAAUCAUUUGGUUCGUUGAAACAGAUGUCUGUAUAGGUAAGAACCUCCCACGCGAAAGGGACCUGAACGCAAUCCUCCGAAUUAUCGACAGAAACUUCCCUGACCUCAAGAGACUGAACCUGGCCUUGAAGCUCGGGCUGUCUAAAAACGUCGAAACGCAUGUCCAUUGGCUCUUUGACACCCUGGACAGUUUCUUCAUGCGCCGCGUUUCCAAUUGCAUGAGGGAGCCUUUCGCUGUUUCCAUCCCAUACGCUGUGUACGUCGAAUUGCGACGCGAGAUAGCUCGUGCACAAGGCCAUGAAGGACGUGUGUUUCACUGGCAGAUAUGGCGUUUCUUUGGCGGUGAGUAUAUUCUGCCGCAGAAGCCACGGGUUAGAGAGUCGCUUGAUACUACGACUGGGGCAAGAUGCAAUAAUGGGUAUUGGAUUUACCCUGGUCAAAUGAGUGUACCCACGGGGCAAGGUGGGCGCCAAACACUUGGUGGAGAUUAA